AAAAGAACAAAGAAAACAAAAGAAAAUAAGCUCCCCCACUUUCCUCUCUCUCCUCUUCACUUCUCCGCGGACGUCACUCGCAAAGCAGCAGCCCAACACCACCACAGCUUCGUCGGCGGCGGCGGUGGUCGGUCCUCCGUCGUUACCUCUCUUCGCUCGGCCCCCUGACUCCGCUUACCUUGUUUCAUUGGAAUCGAAAAAAAGUGAAUUCGUUAGAGUAAAAAAGAGACCAAAUUUUGUGAGAGAGAUGGUUGGGAAUUCAUUGGUCCAGGUUUCUACAUGCCCUACUCUUGUAUCUUCGUCUCUAAUUACCAGCACUCGUAAUUCCACAAACUUUUUGCCACAUUUGCCCCCGAAAUCACAAAAGAAGCUGUCCACGAUAAGAGCCGCGUCGUCUGCUGAAACUGGGCAGAGCAAACCGCCCUUGUCCGAAGCUGACAAGAAAAAGAACCCUUUUGCGAUUAUUUUGGACGUUCCUCGUACCAUCUGGAGACAGACGUUUCGUCCGCUGAGCGAUUUUGGGUUCGGAAAGAGAAGCAUUUGGGAAGGUGGGGUUGGACUGUUUCUCGUGUCGGGGACUGUCCUCCUCGCGCUUAGUUUGGCUUGGUUGAGGGGGUUUCAAGUGCGGUCUAAAUUCAGGAAGUAUUUGGCUGUUUUUGAGUUUGCUCAGGCUUGUGGGAUUUCGACAGGAACUCCGGUUAGGAUUAGAGGGGUCACUGUCGGCAAUGUCAUUCGCGUUAACCCUUCUUUGAAAAACAUUGAAGCCGUCGUUGAGGUCGAAGAUGAUAAAAUAAUCAUACCGCGAAAUUCAUUGGUUGAGGUGAACCAGUCUGGCCUUCUCAUGGAGACUCUGAUUGAUAUUACCCCUCGAGAUCCUGUCCCGGCACCUUCAGUGGGGCCGCUGCACGCCGAAUGUGCUAAAGAAGGUUUAAUUGUAUGUGACAGACAGAAGAUGAAGGGAUAUCAAGGGGUAAGUUUGGAUGCAUUGGUUGGGAUAUUUACCCGAAUUGGACGUGAGGUAGAAGAGAUUGGUGUUGCCAAUGCCUAUACGUUGGCUCAACGAGUUUCAUCUGUUAUUGAAGAGGCACGGCCACUGCUUGCAAAGAUUGAAGCCAUGGCCGAAGAUAUUCAACCUUUGCUGGCAGAGGUUCGUAACAGUGGUUUGCUGAAGGAAGUUGAGGGUUUAACCAAAAGCCUGACAGAAGCCUCUGUGGACUUGAGACGGGUGCAUUCAUCCAUUUUGACCCCAGAUAACACGGAACUGAUCCGGAAGUCCAUAUAUACCCUUAUUUUCACUUUGAAGAACGUUGAGAGCAUAAGCUCUGAUAUUUUGGGAUUCACGGGUGAUGAAGCUACAAGACGGGAUUUAAAAUUGCUUAUCAAGUCCCUCAGCAGGCUAUUGUGAAGAUAAUGGGAAGUUGGGUUAACAGCAAAAGUUCACAGUGGUUUGGCUCAGAACGGUACUGUUUUGGUCGUUUGUUGUUUCAGAGGACGGAAAAAAUAGAGUAACUUCUGACCAUCCUGGUUUUUCUAGAGAACGGAAAUUCUUGUACUGGCCAGCCUGUUGCAUUGUUCUACACAGUGGAAAAGUACAAGUCUUGAAUUUUCUUGAAUCCCAAUUUAGUUUUGAAAUUGUCUGGGCUUUUCAUUGUAGGAUAUUUUCAUUGAAAUCUUGAGUUGCUGACAUGAGUGCUAGCUCAAAUUUUCUUUAGUUUGUAGUUGUCAUAGGAACAUCAUUUUGUGGCUGCAUUGAGAAUCCUAGUAGUAUUAGUAUCAGGUGUAUUUUGAAUAUAUGAGGGUUGACUUGGAGCCAUUGAAACAUUUGAUUGCCAGAAUUAUGUUUACCUUGUGAUUGUCA